AUGGCUCAGCCUCAUCUACUUCAUGCAUACCUUCUUUCUUUAUUCAUACUUGUAACCUGUUUGACACCAGGAACUUCAGUAAGAUGGGGAUUGAAAACUUCAUCAUUACCAUCAUCAUCAUCAUCAUCAUCAUUACCAUCAUCAUCCCCAAAUGAAACCCUAGCAAGUUCCCUAUGUACAGACCCCAGUUGCAUCAUAACAGCAUCUUCUGACUAUGGUGAAAUAGUUCAAGACCUCCCUUUUGGUGUUCUUAAUCCUUCCUCCAUUUCUGAUAUUGCCCACCUUGUGAAAUCGUCGUAUAACUCUUCGUCUCCGUUCACGAUUGCUGCGCGUGGCAACGGCCAUUCGGUGAGGGGUCAGGCGAUGGCGAAAGAUGGGGUGGUGGUGGAAAUGACGUCUUUGAAUAGUAGUAGGGGUGGUGGUGUUGAUGGGAAUGUUGGGAUUAGGGUUUCUUGGGAUGUUUCUUUAGGGUUUUAUGCUGAUGUUGGAGGUGAACAGCUCUGGAUUGAUGUGUUGCGAACGACGCUUGAUCAUGGACUCGCACCCGUUUCGUGGACGGAUUAUUUGUAUCUUACUGUUGGUGGUACACUCUCGAAUGCAGGGAUUAGUGGACAGACAUUCCGCCAUGGUCCUCAGAUCAGCAAUGUUCAUGAAUUAGAUGUUCUUACUGGAAAAGGGGAGUUGGUGAGUUGCUCCAAGAGUAUGAACUCUGAUCUCUUUUAUGCUGUUCUUGGAGGUCUUGGCCAGUUUGGGAUCAUUACUAGGGCAAGAAUUGUUCUUGACAAGGCACCAAAUAGAGUGAAAUGGGUACGGAUGAUUUACGAAGAUUUUUCCAACUUCACGAACGAUCAAGAACAUUUGAUCUCGAUUCCUGGACUUGAUUAUGUAGAAGGCUUCUUGAUCACUAAAAAUAGUCCUGCAAACAACUUCUUCUUACCUUCCGAUGGAUCCACGAUUAAUUCUUUAGCGUCCGAAAACGGCAUUUUAUACUGCUUAGAAGCCGUCAAGUAUUACGAUGAUCAUAACAUUACCACCAUCGAUGAGGAACUUGAAAUGAUAUUUACAGCAUUAAGCUUCAAAUCUGGAUUUAUUUUCAAGAAAGAUACGUCGUUUUUUGAAUUUCUGAAUCGGGUAAGAAAUGAAGAGCUCGAGCUCGAAGCAAUCGGGCAAUGGAAUGUCGCUCAUCCAUGGCUAAAUCUCUUCGUGCCACGAUCUCGAAUAAUGGAUUUUAAUCAAGGAGUUUUCGUCGAAGUUAUUCAGAAACAAAGCAAGAGUUCCGGGGUCUUUCUUGUCUACCCAAUGAACCGAAUAAUGUGGGAAGAUCAAUCGUCGGCAAUUAUACCCGAUGAAGAGAUGUUCUACACGGUCGGCUUAUUGCAUUCAGCUGGCGGUGCCGUUGAUCAGUCGAUUAUCGAAGAACAAAACGACGAGAUUUUACGAUUUUGUGAUAAAUCCGGGAUCAAGAUUAAGCAAUACUUUCCACAUUAUCGAAAGAAAGAAGAAUGGAUGAAGCAUUUUGGCAAUAAAUGGAAGGUCUUUCAAGAAAGGAAAGCUCAAUUCGAUCCUAAAAUGAUUUUGUCUCCUGGACAAAGAAUUUUUAGUUCUCAUUAA